AUGAGUCUCCGAGCAGCUCUCUCCUUCCCACGGAGGGCAACUCUCUCCCAUGCAUGCGCAGUGGAUCGCCGACGCUGGCCGUCCUCGGCCCGAGCUUUCUCAACGACGGUCCACCGUGACGCAACGUGGGGCUUCAUCGGCCUAGGUCAAAUGGGAUACAACAUGGCCAAGAACCUGCGCGCCAAGAUGCCCGCUUCUGAUACUCUGGUUAUUCGCGAUAUCAAUGAAGAUGCCAUGAAACGCUUUGUUGCAGAGGCCGAGGAGGCUGCGCGCAGUACUGGUGCUGGCGCCGGUGAGGGUCUUGUUGAGAUUGCUGAGAAUGCGCGUGAGGUCGCUGAGAAAUCGGAAGUGAUGGUUACUAGCUUGCCAGAGUCGCAGCACGUUAUUGAAGUUUUCCACUCUAUCCUUAAGCACGGCGAGCUUCCACCUCUCACGCAGGAGCGUUUGUUCAUCGACACAUCUACCAUUGACCCUGUUACAUCUAAGGAUAUCGCAAGCGCAAUCCACACCACACAAGCAGGCCGUUUCGUUGACGCUCCCGUAUCAGGUGGUGUUGUCGGUGCUCGCGCAGGAACACUCUCGUUCAUGUUUGGUGCUUCCUCCCAAACAGGACAGCUUCUUGAACGCGUGCGCGGCGUGCUCGCAUUGAUGGGCAAGAAGGCUUGGCAUCUUGGUGAUCCUGGUGCCGGUGUUUCUGGCAAGCUUGCAAACAACUACAUUCUUGCCUUGAACAAUAUUGCCACAGCUGAGGCUAUGAACCUUGGUGUUCGGUGGGGUCUGGAACCUAAGGCUUUGGCUGAGAUGAUCAACUCUUCUACUGGCCGCUGCUGGCCUUCUGAAGUUAACAACCCUGUCCCUGGUGUGAUUGAUACGGCUCCUGCAUCCCGUGGAUACGAGGGUGGAUUUGGGGUUAGCUUGAUGCACAAGGAUUUGCGGUUGGCAAUCACUGCUGCGGAGGAGUCCGGGACUCCUCUUGCGUUGGGAGACAAAGCUCGUGAGGUCUAUAAGGCUGUUGAGGCUGCGCACCGGGGUAAGGACUUUUCAGUUGUUUAUAAGUGGCUGCAGGAGAAGUCGGAAUAG